AAAUUCUACAAACAGUACAUCAUAAUGACAAUGUGAAAGUUUGUUUGAAAUCUUUGCAAAUUUAUUAAAAAUAAAAAACGAAAUAAAUCACAUGUACAUAAGUAUUCACCUCCUUUGCCAUGACACUCAAAAUUGAGCUCAGGUGCAUCCUGUUUCCACUGAUCAUCCUUGAGAUGUUUCUACAACUUGAUUGGAGUCCACCUGUGGUAAAUUCAGUUGAUUGGACAUGAUUUGGAAAGGCACACACCUGUCUAUAUAAGGUCCCACAGUUAACAGUGCAUGUCAGAGCACAAACCAAGCCAUGAAGACCAAGGAAUUGUCUGUAGACCUCCGAGACAGGAUUGUAUCGAGGCACAGAUCUGGGGAAGGGUACAGAAAAAUUUCUGCAGCAUUGAAGGUCCCAAUGAGCACAGUGGCCUCCAUCAUCCGUAAAUGGAAGAAGUUUGGAACCACCAGGACUCUUCCUAGAGCUGGCCGCCCGGCCAAACUGAGCGAUCGGGGGAGAAGGGCCUUAGUCAGGGAGGUGACCAAGAACCCGAUGGUCACUCUGACAGAGCUCCAGCAUUUCUCUGCGGAGAGAGGAGAACCUGCCAGAAGAACAAUCAUCUCUGCAGCACUCCACCAAUCAGGCCUGUAUGGUAGAGUGGCCAGACGGAAGCCACUCCUCAGUAAAAGGCACAUGACAGCCCACCUGGAGUUUGCCAAAAGGCACCUGAAGGACUCUCAGAUCAUGAGAAACAAAAUUCUCUGGUCUGAUGAAACAAAGAAUGAACUCUUUGGCCUGAAUGGCAAGCGUCAUGUCUGGAGGAAACCAGGGCACCGCUCAUCACCUGGCCAAUACCAUCCCUACAGUGAAGCAUGGUGGUGGCAGUAUCAUGCUGUGGGGAUGUAUUUCAGUGGCAGGAACUGGGAGACUAAUCAGGAUCGAGGGAAAGAUGAAUGCAGCAAUAUACAGAGACAUCCUUGAUGAAAACCUGCUCCAGAUCGCUCUGGACCUCAGACUAGGGCGAAGGUUCAUCUGGCCCAGCCAGAGCCCAGACUUGAACCCGACUGAACAUCUCUGGAGAGAUCUGAAAAUGGCUGUGCACCGAUGCUCCCCAUCCAACCUGAUGGAGCUUGAGAGGUCCUGCAAAGAAGAAUGGGAGAAACUGCCCAAAAAUAGGUGUGCCAAGUUUGUAGCAUCAUACUCAAAGACUUGAGGCUGUAAUUGGUGUCCUAACCUUAAGAUCAUUAAAAAUGCACUUCUUUCAAACAUUUCAGGAUAUGUUCAAUUCAGUACAAAACACAAAAUCCCCUAGUAACUUUUUUCAUCUUAUGUGCCUAAGACCUUUGCACAGUACAGAUUUUCACAUUGAUCUAACAAAAACGGCAGACGGGCUGAAUGAAAAUGCAAAUUCGCUCUCUGACAGUAGGUGGCGCUUAUGGAACAGCAGAAACAUAGCAGUUACCCUGGUAACGCCUGUACACAAAGCAGCCCUGCGCUAAUAAACACUUUAAUAGGCAUUAUACAGAUGUAAGAUGAAAGGAAAAUGCCAUCGAAACUUUUCUGAAGACAGUCAGUUCCCUUCAGAGAUACAUUUAUAUAAAAUAGUAAUUUAGGUAUUGCAUUCAAGGGCUUUAUUUAAAGUCUUCAGAAGUCAUAAUCACUAUGAGAGCACUUGGAUUUCGUCACGAGUCAUUCUGUAUAUUUUAUACUAGUCACGUUUUAAAUAAAGUGUUGUGACUGCAAAUCUGCCUGUUCUGUUUUUAUAUUGCCAAUAAAUGGUUAUGGUAUAUUGUUGACUGUUGAGAAGGUUUAGAAAGGGCACACACUUGUAUAAUUUCAAACUUGUCAGCGCUACAAAACAUGAGAUUAAUCGUGAAUCAUUUUAAUUUACUGACAACCCUCAAACAUUUGAACAGUAAUUUUACAUAUGAAUCUUUCUGGAUAAUGAAAUGAUUUACCUCAAUUUCCUUGUGGUUUUUGAAAUGUCUGAUGAAAUUCAAGGUUGUGCUGGUUGUAUUGGAUAUUUUUGAGUUGCAUACUGUGCAUCUGGCAAAUCUUUUUUUAUUCACGGUCCAAUUUGAAAUCUUUAUAUCCAGAGGAGAUUAUUUUGGGAACUGGACAAUCAUCUGUCAUUUUGGCGUGUUGUGAGCGCAGCGUUAACCUCGCAGAUGCAGAUCAGUGGUGCUGGCCUGCUUACAAUUUUGCAUAUUAAUUAAUUGAUGUUGCAAUAUUUUUGUAACACAUUUCAUUACUGUUUAUAAUAAGUUAUUGAAAAUAAUAAUAAUAAAAAAACAUUCAAGUCAUUGUCGAGUCAUGCAGUUCAAGUCAAGUCAAGUCUCGAGUUGCUGGUUCUCAAGUCAAAGUCAAGUUAUUUUCUUCAUUUAGUCAAGCAAGUCACAAGUCCUUAAACAUGCGACUCGAGUCAGACUCGAGUCAAGGCAUGUAACUCGAGUCCCCCACCUCUCAUAGAUUUUUGUGAUCUAUGGCAGUAUGUUCUUUCGAAAUCUUUGACUGUAUACUAAGAACCUGCCUGUAAUCAUCCAUGU